CGAAGGAUGGAGGCAGUAUUAGCCAAGUAUGAAAACCAGAUAAAUGUGUUUUCUGAAUUCCUUGAAGACUUGCCUGACACCGAUGAACCUGUAUGGGUUUUAGGAGAGUGUUACAACGUUAAAACAGAAAAGACAGAACUCCUAUCAGACGUUCACUCGCGGUUAUGGUUCACCUACAGGAAAAAAUUCUCUCCCAUAGGCGGGACAGGGCCCUCUUCUGAUACAGGCUGGGGAUGCAUGCUACGGUGUGGGCAGAUGAUUCUUGCACAGGCCCUGGUAUGCUCACAGCUGGGACGAGUCCAGUGGAUGUGGCGAUUGGGUUGAUUCCCUUGGCCACCAUCUUCCAUACUGUGCUGUAGAAGUGCCUCAGAACAACACCAAGCAUUAACUGCUUACCACUUUGCAAUUUUAAAAACAAUAAUAAUCACCAACAAGAGACAAUACUAGAUAAGAAAAUAUUCUGGACAACAACUCAAAACAAAGUGACCAAAUGAAGGCAGAAACAUGAUGUACACAGUAAAUACAAGCUUGCACUGUCUCACUUUGAUGUUGUCACUAGGAAACAAAGCCAGGGUCCUACAGUAGGUGAAGACAGGGGUGAGGAUGAUAUCUCCUCAUUACACACUACCUCCUGACGCCAGGAGACAGCAAAUAUGCAGACACUUUUUUACCCCCAGGGUUAAAAUACAAACAUUCAACAAAUAACUUAAGAAAAGUGCCUCUCUUAAAUAUAUGUAUGUUAUUCAAUGGUUAGAAUAAGGGGUUUCCCAAGGUAUUGGUGUGGAACAUCCCCCCCCCC